AUGGAAUUCACAACCAGUUUCGAGGGGCACUGGCUAGCCAUUCUUGGCACCUCUAUGAUUGCCUAUCACCUCGGAAAUGUGAUAUGGAACCUUUAUUUUCACCCACUUGCCAAAUUUCCCGGGCCCUUUCUCGCCCGUAGCACCUUGCUAUGGCGGAUGUGGAUGACACUUACCGGUCGGCAUCAUGAAAUAUUGCGGAAACAGCACGAAAAAUAUGGCAAUGUCGUACGUGUGUCUCCGAACGAGCUCAGUUUUUGCACCGUUCAAUCAUGGUCAGAUAUUUAUGGCUUUCCACCUCCCGGCGGAGAGCAGUGCAUCAAGAGUGAAUUCUACGACAUCUUCGGCAAUGGUUUCAAGACGGGAUGUAUUGGUACCGAGAGAGACCCCAAAGUUCAAAGUCGGAAGAAGAGAAAUCUACUGGCCGCAUUUUCUCCAAAAGCAUUAGCUGCCCAAGAAGAUAUCAUGCAUCGCUGUAUUAAUGCUUUUGUCUCCAAGAUUGGACCCGAAAGCCAGCGUUUACCUAACGGCAUCAACAUGGUUGAGUGGUUCAAUAUGAGCAGUUUUGACCUGUUUGGAGAGAUGGCUUUUGGGGAAACAUUUGGAUGCAUCGCUUCCGGAAAACCUCACUUUUGGAUAGAUAUGAUCCUGGAACAUGUCCGUGAGAUUGUUCUCAUGGAUAAUCUUCGUCGUUUCCAGAUUCUCUCGGUAUUUUCCAAGUGGUUAUUACCCUCGCUACUUAUGUCAAUAAGGAGAAAGCAUACUCAGUAUUCUAGGGACAAGGUGGCAAAGCGCCUUGCAAGCACAGCUACUCGACAGGAUUUCUUUACGAACAUCGCAGAGAAGGUGAAAAGUGGCCAAGUUCCUCUAGAAGAGAUGACAGCUCAUGCAUCGACACUGAUAAUUGCUGGUGGAGAGACAACUGCGACAACACUCAGCGCAGCGAUGUUCUACCUUCUCAAGGACCCAAGAGUAACAAAAAAGCUCACUGAAGAGAUUCGCCAACGGUACAGUUCGUAUGAUGAGAUAGAUGCGGUGACGGCCCAGCAGUUACCGUACUUGCAAGCUGUCAUUAAUGAAGCACUGCGUCAUCAUCCGUCAGGAGCACAUGGUUUUCCACGAAUUUCGCCCGGCCUGCAAGUUGACGGGCAUUGGGUACCGAAAGGGAGCGAAAUUUAUACUUGCACAUGGGUAGCCUCGCACAACCCGGAGUAUUUUCAAGACCCAGAUACGUUCCAGCCCGAGAGAUGGAUCGAUCCUGACUCUAAAGACGUCAAAGAGGCUAGCCAACCUUUUUCUCUUGGAUUCAGAGCUUGCAUCGGAAGAAGCUUUGCCUACAUGCAAAUGUCUUUAGUGCUAAGCAAGAUCCUAUUUAAAUACGACGUUGAGUUGGUCGAGAAAGAUAUGGACUGGGAAAAGGAGUCGAAGCAUUUUAUCAUGUGGGCGAAAGCCCCAUAUCACAUUCGCGCGCACGACAGAUUAUCGUAGAAAUGUGGUUGAGUGACUGCAUGGCAUUCCCACUACUGAGCCACUUACCACCAGU